AAAAAUUUAAAGAGAAAUAAUUUUUCUAUAUUUCAUUGAAAACAGUUGGGUAUGUGAGAGGUGGCAAGAACUCCGUAGUUUACUUAAAUCUCUUCAAUUCUGUUGGCUUUACGAGUUAUCACUCAGUCACUCGACAAAACUAUGGUUGCAUUUGCAUGGCUUAUUAUGAAUGAAUGAAUGAUUGAUUCGUGAAUGAUGAUGAUAGGAGGGUUAAGAAAACACACAUUAAGAAAUCCUACGUUGAUAAUUGCAUUGGUUUGUGUGGUUUGUUUUGUUAUGUUUAUAACUGCUUAUGUUUUUACACCAACAAUAAGAAGAAGAAGUAGCGAUAAAUGCAACUUCUUUACCUCCGAAGGUUGUCGUGUACGUGAUCUGUUUCCAAAUGCUUAUUUUUCAAGGGAAUUAACUGAUCAAGAGAUUGAAUCUCGUGUUGUCGUUAAAGAUUUACUCAACUUUGUUCCUCUUCAAACCAAGACUCCUAAAGUUGCGUUUUUGUUCAUGACUCCUGGUUCUUUGCCUUUCGAGAAACUAUGGCAUAUGUUCUUUCAAGGGCAUGAGGGCAGAUUUUCAAUUUAUGUACAUGCAUCCAAGGAAAAACCAGUACAUGUCAGCAAAUAUUUUGUUGGUCGAGAAAUUCAUAGUGAACCGGUGAGCUGGGGGAGUUUUGCCAUGAUUGAGGCAGAAAGGAGACUUUUGGCAAACGCACUUUUAGACCCUGAUAACCAACAUUUUGUCUUGCUAUCUGAAAGUUGUAUACCUAUACGCCACUUCGAAUUUGUAUACAACUACUUAUUGUUUACAAAUGUCAGCUUCCUUGAAUGCUAUUUUGAUACUGGUCCUCAUGGAAACGGCAGAUAUAUAGAGUAUAUGUUGCCUGAAGUAGAACAGAAGGAUUUCAGAAAGGGCUCACAGUGGUUCACAAUGAAGCGGCAGCAUGCUAUUAUAGUUAUUGCAGACAGUCUCUAUUUUACAAAAUUCAAGUAUCACUGCAGGCCAAAUAUGGAAGGAGGACGCAACUGUUAUUCCGAUGAGCAUUACUUACCAACCUUUUUUAAUAUGCUUGAUCCAGGUGGAAUUUCGAAUUGGUCAGUAACGUAUGUUGAUUGGUCUGAAGGAAAAUGGCAUCCUAAAUCAUUCGGUGCUCAAGAUAUCACUUUUCAACUCCUGAAAACCUUAACAUCCGCGAAUCAAAGUCCACAUAUUACAAGUGAUUCAAAGAGAACCGUGCUGAUCACACCUUGCAUGUGGAACGGGUCGAAACGACCUUGUUAUUUAUUUGCCAGGAAGUUUUACCCAGAUGCCUUGGAUAAAUUGAUGUUCCUUUUCACUAACACUACCGCAUUCUAAAGUAUUUUCAAUUCACCGUUGAAGUUUAGUGCAAGUGGUUGGUGCGCAGUGUGUGUGAGUGUUGAAAACAUGGGGUACCGAGUUCAAUUCCUACUAAAAAUUAUUUUGAAUUCAUCAUCAUUUUUUGGUAGUCAACAGCAUAUGAUCCUAAUUAGCCUCACCUUGGCUCUUGCACAUAACAUUUGGUUUUGCCAACUUCUACAAUCCAGAAGCAACUGGAUAAAAUUUCAAGGGGAGAUAAAGAAACUGAUUCAUUCAAAUAUUUCUGUUGGUUUGUCCUUGAGAGCUAUGCUAGCUUUCCUAGAAAGAUGGAUAGUUUGCAGUUCCUAUUUUACAUUUUUGGGAUUAUUUAUUUAGCAGCACUGGAUUUUCAUGUUAGGUGAAAAAUUUUGGUGUCUUUGAUAGAGGCAUGGAGAAGAGUUGGCUAUUUUAGAUUUUACACUUGGGUUGUGCUGUUUUAAUACAGGAAUUUUCAAGCACACGUCCAUUGAUGGAGUUCUUAGAUAAACAUCUUUCUUAAUUAAGUGCUUAUUUAAUAAAUACUUAUGUGAUAUUAUGGGUUAUAUACAAGUGAUUUUUAUACGGGGUAAACUUCGAUUUUUAGGAGAA